AUGGCUGGGCUGGUGUCCCGCGUGCGGCCGGCGUGCCGGAGGUGUCUGUCGAGCGCGCAGCCAACAUACAGGAUACAAGCUCGGUACAGCAGCAGCAGCAGCAGCAGCAGCAACAAAGACAACGACAAUGGCGGCAGGAAGAUGAUGGAGCUGAGUGAAUCGCAAAAGGCGUACCUGAGCAGCGCCCUCCGAGUCAACCACGCCGGCGAGCUGGCCGCAACCCUCAUCUACGCGGCCCAGAGCCCCCCCGUCCUGCGUUCGCACCCUCACCUCCGCCCGCUGAUGAAACACAUGUACGACCAGGAAGCCGGCCAUUUCUCAGUCUUCACCGAGAUGCUGGCAUCCCACCGCGUGCGCCCAACGGCCAUGUACCCCGUCUGGCAGGCCGCAGCCACGUUUCUCGGGUGGUCAACAGGCGUGAUGGGCCGGGAGGCGGCCAUGGCAUGCACGGAAGCCGUAGAGACAGAGAUCGGGACGCACUACAACGACCAGAUACGGGUUCUGGCAGGCUGGAUGGAGGACGCCGAGGCCCGCGGGGAGGUGGUUCCGGACGAGCUGAAGCAGCUGGUGCAGACGUUGAAGCGGAUCAGGGACGAGGAGCUGGAGCACCUGGAUCAUGCGGUCGAGAACGAUGCAAAGGAAGCCAGACCAUACGAACCGCUUAUAGGGGUCAUCAGGCUGGGUUGUCGAGCUGCCAUUCAGAUCUCGCAGCGAGUAUAA